AUGCGGGCUGAUAGGGUGCAUUCAUUAUGCGCUAUUCUAUUCUCCAGUCUUUCCUUUGUGCAUCCAGCCCUGGGAAUUGAUCUCACUAUUGACGAUGAACAAUCGGUAAAAGAUGCCUCUUCCGAAGCCAUCUGGGGCGCCAUGACAUUUUAUCAUGGCAACGAAUCCGGCCAAAUCCCGGGCGCCCUCCCUGAAAAAUGGUGGGAGGGCUCAGCCCUCCUCCUCGCAGCCUUGAACUACUGGCACUUCACCGGCGACGACACAUACAACGAAGAUGUAAGCGUGGGACUACAAUGGCAAGGCGGUGACCACGGAGACUACAUGCCUUCGAACUACAGCAGUUACCUUGGAAAUGACGACCAGAUGUUCUGGGGCCUGUCCGCGCUGACGGCCGCCGAGUACGGUUUCCCGGAUCGAAAGGAGGGGUUCUCGUGGCUUUCACUUGCGCAGGGAACCUUCAAUACUAUGAAGGCUAGAUGGGACAACGAGUCGUGUGGUGGUGGUAUGCGCUGGCAGUUGUUCGUGUACCAGGGCUCAGGGUAUACAUUGAAGAAUGCGAUCUCGAACGGCGGGUUCUUCCAGCUUGCGGCGCGGCUCGCGAUGUACACGCAGAAGAGCGAGUAUGCGGAUUGGGCGAGGAAGACGUGGGAGUGGUGUCUAACCACGCCGAUGAUCAACAAUAAAACAUGGACGAUCAACGACUCGACACAGGGAUCUAACAAUUGUGCCGAUACAGACCAUAUGCAGUGGUCGUAUAAUUACGGCGUUUUCCUCGCGGGUGCUGCGUACAUGUAUACUUUUUAUACUUACCCAAAAAAGACAAACGAUUCGUACUGGCUGGAAGUAGUCCACGGCAUCCUCGGCUCGAUAUUCAAGAUCUUCUUCCCAAAAGGCAUCAUGUACGAUCCUGACUGCGAAAUCGCCCAAAACUGCAACAACAACGAAGUCCUUUUCAAAGGCGAAGUCGUCACCUGGAUGGCCUUAACGGCUCUUAUGAUCCCGGAUCUCUACGACGAAAUCAUGCCGAAACUGAAGAACUCCGCCGUCGGCGCCGCCGCUUCCUGCAGCGGCUUGGGGAACAACAGCUGCGGAGUGCGCUGGUACCAGUCGAAGUUUGACGGGCACCACUCGAUGGAGGCGGAAAUCAGCUCGAGCUGUGUGUUGAGCGUGAAUAUGCUGCCGUUCGUGGACCGCGACAAGAAGAAACCUUUGAAUAUUCACAAGGGAGGUAAUUCCAAGUCGGACCCGAAUGCUGGCAAUUUGAAGGAUAACGAUGAUGCCGCCGCUGCUGCCUUGUCCCCUAUUACCACGGGCGAUAAGGCUGGAGCAGCGAUCUUGACAGUGGCUUUUAUCGGUGGCUGGCUCGGUUUGGCGGCUUUCAUGUUCAUUGGAGCAUAG